AUGUGGCUUCCGCACGCCUCCGAGUCCGCACCCCCCCUUGCGUCCUUCGAAAUUUACGUCCGUCGGGCGCUCGCGCACCUCCGCCUGCGGCUCUACCUCGCCCUCAGCCGGCCGGCCGGCGAGCCGCCUUUCUCGCUCGCGUCCGGCGUGGCCGCGAGCACCAACUACCUCGCCCCCGUGCAGACCGACGCGAACGUGCGCUACUUCCGAUUCGGUAUACCGCUCGUACUCAAGCGCACGCCGCGCGGCGUGAGCACCGAGGCCGACGCGCUCCGCUUCCUCAACGCGCGCCUGCCCGACCUGCCCAUCCCGCGACUGCUCGACGUGGUGACCGUCUCGGAGCCCGUCGUCUAUCCGUCCGACCGUCCCAUCGAAGACGUUAUCGAUGGUGACGAGACUGAAGACGGCGGCGACCCGGAACCGGCCACCCGCACCUUCACGUACACGCUGCUCACGCGUCUUCCCGGCGUACGCAUGUCGGAGCUCAUGGACGCGUCCCCGGACGCUCUAACAGACGCCGACACCGCCCGCAUCGUGCGCGACGUUCGCGGCGUCAUCGACCGCCUCUGGAGCCUCUCCCCCGACCGCUCCCCCGCGCCGCACUCCGAAGCGGGGACUUCGGCUUCAUCCGGUCAUAUUAUUGGGCUUCCUCCGACAGGACCCCAUGACGACGGCGGACACGUCCAUGCCGUGAUGCUCAGCGCCAGCGGCCACGGCCUUCCUGACCCCCUCAAGUUUCACGCCGCCGCCGAGGAGUCGCUCGCGGGGCCCUUUCCCUCCACGCUCGCCUGCUAUGCCUACAUGGCCGGCACCUCGGACCCGGCCGCGCUCCCCGACCUCCUCGCGCACCCGCCCACCUACCGCCCCGCCCCCUCACCACCAAACUGCACGACGACAAAACCGGCUGAAACCGCGGACGACCUCGCGCCAGAAGCGGCGCUCGCCGUCCUCGCCGCCGACCCCGUCGUCUGGGUGCACACCGACCUCCGCCUACAAAACAUCCUCGUCCGACGUGAUCCUUCCAGCGGCGGCGCAUGGCGCCUGUCCGGCAUCGUCGACUGGCAGGACUCGGGCUGGCUCCCGCGCCAUUGGCAGCUUCACGUCCUCCGCCGGCCCCACUGGGGCUGCCGCGGAGCGUGGCUGCGAAUCUGGCUAGGCGCGGGGUGGAUAGAGUCGGGCGUGGAAGCGGACUCUGAAGUAGAGUCGGACACUUCGGUCGCUGCUAUUGGUCGGUUUGACGAAGCGACGGAGCGCGCGUACGAGGUGUCGAAGCGCUUGCUGGUUUACCCACUGUGA